CUGCUGAUUGGCCCGUUGCUGAUAUCGGACGGGUAGUCACGGGCUUUGGGUGUGGAUUUGACCUCACCGUCGCGCCUUUGUAUGCCGCCGAGUUGGCCCCGAAACAGCUGCGAGAAUCGCUCAUUACUAUGGCCGAGCUGUGUAUCAACUUCGGAGUCUUCGUGGGAUAUGCUCUGGCGUACUUUUUGGCCCAUUUGCCCGACAGAUAUGACUGGCGCACACCACGGUGGUUGAAAAUGAAGGCGGCGCGUGCACAAAAUGGAUGCAACGGAUUAAACGCAUCACGCACGAGUGGUAGCGCCAACGUACAAAUACUAGAUUUUUAUCAUGACGCUGAAAAAGACUAUGGCAGCAACCAUAGUACAGCUAGAGAUGGGCUCGCGAUUGGAUCGUGGCGGGAUGUUCUGGGAAUGCUGGCCGCUGGGAUGGGCAUCGAUAUUUUUCAACAGAUCUGCGGCUCAGAGGCCGUGGUGUACUACACACCUAACAUUCUCGUUAGUGCUGGUUUAGGUGAAACCAAACAAGAUGACACGAUUCUGUUGAUGACGAUGGCGGUUGGUUUCACAAAAAUUAUUUUGGGCUGCACGGCGGGUGCCUUCCCUGUCUUACUGUACCUCCUUGGAGCUAACGGUACUUUCCUCGUAUUUGGUUUCAUAGGUAUAAGCGGUGUAUUGUAUUGCUAUGUGUUUAUUCCCGAGACUAAAGGUCUGUCGCUGGAAGAAGUGGAGGCCCUCUUCUCACGUCCGGGAAUGGGAAAGGCCGAUAAGUUGGCUUCGAAUGAUUACGUACCAAUAGCAGAAGUUGUGGAAGACGUCAGUGCACUAAAAUACAGUUGGUAUUGA